CGGACCAGAUCAUGCAGACUGGGGCGAUCCUGCUGCGGGCGCCGUGGCGCUGAGCGAGGCCGAGCUGGGCCAGCCCCAGCCCAGCAGCCCCGACACCAAACGCCUCAGCGAGUGCCUGCGCCGCAUCGGCGACGAGCUGGACAGCAACAUGGAGCUGCAGAGGAUGAUCGAGCAGGUGGGCUGUGACGCCCCCAAGAAGCUUUUCUUCCGUGUGGCCAGGGAGAUGUUCGCCGAUGGCACCUUCAACUGGGGCCGCGUGGUCGCCCUCUUCUACUUUGCCUGCAAGCUGGUGCUCAAGGCUCUGUGCACCAAGGUCCCGGAGCUGGUCCAGACCAUCCUGCGCUGGACCAUGGAGUAUCUGCAGGAGCACGUGCUGGCCUGGAUCCAGGCCCAGGGUGGAUGGGAAGGGCUCCUGUCCCACUUCGGGACCCCCACCUGGCAGACCAUCACCAUCUUCGCCGCCGGCGUGCUCACGGCCUCGCUGACCAUCUGGAAGAUGUCCUAGACUCUGGGGGGGGGGGCCAAUUUCUGUCCCCCCCCCGCCCGGGACCCCCCCCCCGGACUGGCCCUGCCGGCAGGGAUGGUGCUGACCCCGGGCCCGGGGGGUUUUUAACCAACACCGCUCGCUCACCUGGAUUUUGGGGCGGUGGUCGAGCUGGGGGGGACCCUCCCCCCCUCCCCCUUCCCUCCAUCCCCCAGACCCCCCCCCAGAGGCCACAGCUGGGAUUUGGGGGGCUUUUGGGGGGUCGGGGACCUCCCCAGCCCUGCCCUGCCCUUGGUUUGUGGUGCUUCGAGUGGGGG